AUGAGGACUACUCUUCUUCGACCCCUCGUUCCCCGCCAGAACAUCUUCUCUUCUUCCAUCCCCAGAACUUCUUUUGUUAAACCGAACUUCGUUUCUACACCGAAAACUCCCAUCAACAACACCACUCGAGUUCGUUUCUAUUCCGCCAACAUGUCCAAGCCUAACGUUUUCUUCGACAUCCAGUUCGACGCCGGCUCUGGCCCCCAGACCAAGCGCGUCGUCUUCAAGCUGUACGAUGACAUAGUCCCCAAGACUGCCGACAACUUCAGGCGCCUCUGCAUUGGCGAGCCCAACGUUGGAGGCUACAAGGGCUCCAGCUUCCACCGUAUCAUCCCAGACUUCAUGCUCCAGGGUGGUGACUUCACCCGUGGCAACGGCACUGGUGGCAAGUCCGUCUACGGCGAGAAGUUUGCCGACGAGAACUUCGAGAUCAAGCACACCAGGCCCGGACUCCUGUCCAUGGCCAACGCUGGCCCCAACACCAACGGCUCGCAGUUCUUCAUCACCACUGUCAAGACUUCGUGGUUGGACGGCAAGCACGUCGUCUUCGGUGAGGUCGUCGAGGGUUUCAACGACGUCAUCAAGCCCAUUGAGGGCCUCGGCUCCAGCAGCGGUACCCCCAGGAGCAAGGUUACCAUUGUCAACGCUGGUACCGUCUAA